AUGGGAGGAGUCAGCCCCAUUACCUCGCACGUUCUCGACGCCGCUCGCGGUUCGCCCGCCCAGGGUGUGCCCAUCACCAUCAGCUACGCCUCGACCUCGCAGGCAGCAGCUACCGGUCUGAGCCAGGUUAUUGGCAGCGGCGUGACUAACAGCGAUGGUCGUUGCCCGACUCUGCUCGAGCCCACCCACGUUCUGCAGCCGGGCGUCUACACUGUGCGCUUUGACAUCAAGACGUACUUUGCCCUGCACGGCGAGAAGGCGUUUUACCCGUUCGUUGAUGUGACCUUUGAGAUCGAUACCCCUGCUCCCCACUACCACAUCCCGCUUAACCUGGCCCCGUACUCGUACACUACCUACCGCGGCUCGUAA